AUGUCCGACAUUGCAAAAAGUCAAGAUGCUGAAGUUGGGGAUGGAACUACGAGUGUUGUCAUUUUGGCCGCAGAAUUUUUGAAAGCUGCAAAGCCUUUUAUUGAAGAAGGGGUUAGCCCUCAAUUGAUCAUUAAAGCUUUUGAGGAUGCUUCAAAAGAGGCCAUCAAAAAACUCCGUGAACUCGCUGUCAAAAUCGUCGGAACUACUGAAUCCAUUGAAAUGCUUGUUCGCUGUGCAGCUACAACAUUGAGCAGCAAAUUGUUAAAACAAGAACGUCACCAUUUUUCUACAAUGGUAGUUGAUGCUGUUAGCUAUUUGGAUAUUGAUUUGCCUUUGAAUAUGAUUGGAAUUAAGAAAGUUAGCGGUGGCUCUAUUCGGGAUUCUCGUCUUGUAAAAGGUGUGGCCUUUAAAAAAGCCUUUAGCUAUGCAGGAUUUGAAAUGCAGCCCAAACACUAUAAAAAGCCUUUAAUUGCCGUGUUAAAUAUUGAAUUGGAAUUGAAAGCAGAAAAAGAUAAUGCUGAAUUACGCAUUGGAAAUGUUGCUGAUUAUCAAGAGGUGGUCAAUGCAGAAUGGACUAUCCUUUAUAAUAAAUUGGAAAAAAUUCAUGAAAGUGGCGCAAAAAUUGUUUUAUCAAAAUUACCAAUUGGAGACGUUGCUACUCAAUGGUUUGCUGACAGAGACAUGUUCUGCGCUGGCAGAGUUCAAGAUGAAGAUAUUGAACGCGUUUUAGCUUCUUGUGGUGGAUCAUUGUUAACAACAGUUUCUCAGGUGGAUGCUUCUGUUCUUGGUUGUUGUGAUGAAUUUUAUGAGCAACAAGUUGGAAGUGAACGAUACAAUUUCUUCACUGGUGGUUCCAAAGCAAAAUCUUGUACUUUAGUACUUCGUGGAGGUUCAGAACAAUUUAUUGCAGAAACUGAACGUUCUCUUCACGAUGCAAUUAUGAUUGUUCGUCGAGCAAUGCGUAAUGAUUCAAUUGUUGCUGGUGGGGGAGCGAUUGAAAUUGAACUUUCACGUCACAUUCUUGAAUUGGGAAAUAAACGUGAAAUGAAAGACCAAUUCUUUUGGAAAGGUUAUGCAAAGGCUUUUGAGGCAAUCCCUCAACAACUUUGUCACAAUGCUGGUUUGGAUGCUAUAACAAUGCUCGGAGAAUUACGUGCUGCUCAUGCAAAAGGGCAAAAAUGGUGUGGAAUUGAUAUACAAGCCGAGCGUGUUGCGGAUAAUAUGGAAGGGUGUAUUUGGGAACCAGCUUUAGUUAAAGAGAAUGCUAUAAUCUCAGCUACAGAAGCAGCUUGUCUCAUUUUAAGCAUUGACCAAACAAUAAAAAAUGUAAAAUCUUCAAAUGAAAUGCCUGGAUUGCCUGGACAGCAUUAA